GAACCACCUUUGAAACACCCAGAAACAGCUUCCAGAACCUGACAGGUUACAAUCCAGAUUGAUUUUAUCCCUGUAAACAUUUUCCCUCUUGCUUUCAUGAGCAAGUAAUGUCAGAGGAUGCUGUCUCAAACCAGCUUCUAUGCAUAGGGGAACAGACGACCGAAGCUUGGUCGCCACCCAGAAUUCCUCCCAGUCAGUGGGAGUUUAGUUUGGACAGUGAUCGUGCUGACAUGCGGAAUCAUGCACCCUUGGCAAUGAGUAGGAAAGUGAGCCUCAUUGAGGGAAUGUAAUCUUGUUUCUGCAGGAUGGAAGCGCUGGUGAAAGUAGUUCAGUCGGAUACCCAGCCAUUGACAGCCAGCCCAGAUAUCUGUGCCAAGGAAGGUUAUGGCUAUGCAGAAGACCAGGGGUCUCCUAUGCCAGGGGAAACAGCCAGUCCCAAAAGCUAUUUUCAACAGAGCCCAUCUUUACCAGCCUCUGGAUUAACUGAACUCAGCGGUGUGGAAUCCACUACCUGGGAUACUUCUCCAGCUAAGGUUCAGGAGCUGCCUGCCAGGAGAGGUUCAGCAUUGACUGUGGGUGCCCCCAAGAAGCAGUAUGUGGGCGUGAGGGUAAAAAUGCCGGUGUGUGAACUGCUGAGAAAAAUCCGUCUCUCCAAAGGGACAGAGUCCAGUGACAUCAGGGAAACACCUGCAAAAGCAAAUACCAAAAGGUCUUCAGGAAGAACAGGGAAAAAAAGAGCUCACUCAGAAAGGCAUCAUAAGCAAAACUGCUGUCAGGCUCAGACAGCCUUAAAAAGCACAGAGGACUUGGACAUCCUAGUCGAAGUACUGCAGGAAGACCUAAACGAGAGCCACUCCAAGCUAGAGCCUCAUUUGCCUAUGCAGUUCCCUCAUGGUGCGACCCAGGGAUUUCAGCCUUCCGGAUGGGAAGCCAACAGCAACUCGCAACCCGAUGGCGACUGGCUGAGAAGCAGCUGGGAGCCUGUCGAAUUUCAGCCGUUGUCUACUUCUGGCGCAUUGACUCAUCCACGUGCUGUUAUCUCCUAUGGAUUUGAUUGCAGAAAGAUGCAACAACGUCUGGAUCUGAUCGACACAUUCCAGAAUUCUCGCGUGGAAGAAAGAUGCUGGCUGGGGAAUUGGUCUGUUGAACAUCCCGGGGAGAGUUCCCAAGGCUUUGCCAAGGAGAUUAGGCCUCACUGCCAUGACCCACUGGGGCAGGCUUUGCCAGAGACUUUGGAAGAGAACACUGCUGCCUUGCAUGGCGGGGGAUACCUGAAGGCAAGUGCGUGGUCUUUCAUGGGCCAGGAGGCCUCUGCCAUUUCUUUCUUCCAAUUCCAGCUCUGCUGCGAGGAGAGUCGGCUCAGGAGCAUCUCGGUGGACAAGUUGCUCAUGCCGGAUAGAAAUGGGAACAGGCUUCUUCACGAGGCUGUUUCUCAGGGGAAAAGGGCGCUGGCAUAUGCGCUGGCAAGGCGGUUUGCACAUCUCAACAGACUUGAUGGGAAGAACGCAGCGAAACAGACUGCGUUGCACAUAGCAGCUCAAAAGAACCAUCAUCUUAUUGCCAGCGACCUGCUCUCUCUGGGUGCUGAUGUAAACGCGAGGGACAGCUCAGAGAAGACUCCCUUGCACCUCUGUGCUGAGAAGGGCUAUCUGAGAGUCUUGGAAGUCUUGAAAAGCUGCCAGGAAGUUGGCAUCCACGUUGAAGUAGACGCAACCGACAAUCAGGGCUUAACACCAAUACAGUGUGCAGGUAUGGCUCACUGCGCUCUCGCGAUGGACUCGGAUACCCACCAUCUCUCGGCCGAGACGUGGAAGCUUCUGAACCUCCAUAAGGAUCAAAUACUGAGUGGCAUCAAGUGCUUGAUACAAAUGGGAGCAAACCCAUGGGGGCAAGGAACAAACUCAUCAAGUCGAGUUUCAAAUUAUUUUGCGAAAGUCCAGCAAAAUAAUGAACUGAUGUGUUUUUUCCAAACUCACAGGCCCCAAAGGCACCAGGAUUACAGCUUGCUCUCUGGACUAGAUGAAAUCGCCCUUCUGUAUUUACAAGGAGAAGAUGUGGAGCCACCAGUGGUUUCUUUUCCAAGCUUCCUCGACCAUUUCCAUGAAAGUGCAAUGUGAACAAGACACUUAAGCACACCAGGAAGCAAUGGACUUCCCAGAACAUUGGUUGCUGAUAUAUUGGAUGUUUUUUCAGGCUUUGUAUACUUGGCGAUUUGAAGCCCGCGGAAUGCCUCGAUGGACUUCAAGAAAUCUGGAGUGCCAUUUCUGCCAGGCUGUUGGCGAAAGAACAGCUUGAAAAUAGACAGUAAAAGUCUUUGAACCUGUGAAGGCUUGGGCUUUGCUGAAUUCAUGUCCUCAGAAAAAUUGUAGUGGAAGAGCACUGAAGAUUAUAGACGGGAAAGGCUGGCUUUAUUUCCCCAAGCCAUAUGUGUCAGAUAGAGAAGCUUUGAGGUCUUCUCCCCUGCCUUCAAUGACCUUGCUCUCAAAAUAUCAAGUGCAGGAGAAGAUGCUCCAUAAUGGAUGGUGGUCCAUGGAGCAGGUGGUAUAUGAGCACAGAUUAUUGCCAUGCAAAAAAAUUCAAACUGAUCCCCUGCAGAGGGAGGGCUUCCAUAUCUCAUUGGCGGACACCUGCGUUUUAUUUCUGGCAUGAACCUGGCGGAAACAAAGCCACCCUUGAUCUGAGGGUGUAUUUUCAGCAAAGCCGCAAUGCUUUGUUUAUUGAUGCAAUCAAAGUUUAUGGAGGUUGUUUUGAGCGUGUAUGAGAAAUGCACAGACAAAUCUGGAACCGGACAAAUGGAGCUGGGCAAGUGACUCACCACGGCUGAGUGAAAACUGCUCCCCCAUAAUUCUGCACACUGAAUUUUUGGUGAAAGCUCUCAAUACAGUAUUAUGUAAACAAACAAACAUACAUACAAACCUCUUGUAUCAUCUCCAGGAUGAAGACAUUUAAUAUUGCACAAGCUUUUGUAGACUGCAGUUCAGUUCAACAGGUGCAAUUUUCUUUGCAUCAUGAAUCUUUCCUUCCUUCCUUCCUUCCGUUUAAGCAGUGAAAUCUAAAAUCUACCUAGCAUCUGCCACAAUCCAGUCCAAAGUUCAUUGUGCUGAAACCCUUUGGGGUUGGAGCUGAAUUGCAGCCAUUGUUCUGACAUGACAGCUUCAGACAUCCUAUAUUUAUGGAUCUUUUUGAUUGGACCCAGGACAGGGAUGGGAAACCUUCAGGCUAUUGGCCAAUCUUGGCCUGCCAGGGGGUUCAGUUUGGCCCAUGGUGCGUUUUCCCCAAAACCGUGCCCACCUGUCAAUCAGCUGGUAUCACUUUUCCCAGGUGUGUGUGUGUGUGUGUGUGUGUGUGUGUGUGAGAGAGAGAGAGAGAGAGAGAGAGAGAGAGAGAGAGAGAGAGAGAGAGAAGUUUCAAGAAGACUCCUGUUGGGCAAAUUUUUUUUUAAGAGAGCUCAUUUCCCAUGGAGUGAAUACAACUUUCUUUUGUUUUCUGCAAGUCAAACAGGUUUUUGGGGGGCUAGGGAAUACAAAGACCUGUUUGAUGAUAGACAAAAGUUAGCUGGAAUAUACUGUGUACAGUACAGUGGUUCCACUUUGAGAUUUCCCCUUCUCUCCCUCUCUGCACACCAAGACCUGCUUUACCUCUUUGUUCAACAACUUGCUCAUAGCUCUGUGUCCGGUUACAAAUGUUGCUCUUUCUUUUGGUAAGCUUUGGUUCAUAAGUUAGUGGUUUCUGUGAAACUUCAUUAGUUGCUACACAUGGAGCAAUACGAUACUAAUAAUGUUUUUGUAAUUAAAAAAAAGCAAAUUGAAUAUAUCCAACAAUUGGUAAAUGUGGAGAAUUCCCACUGAUGUCUAUGGGAAAUAUAUUUUUUCAAACAAAAGAUUGUGUAUAAUAAAAUGAACCUCAUAAAUGGUAAAUAUUCGUAAAUGCACUUUUUCGAUUAUUGUGUUGAGAAAGUUUUGGGGUUUUUCCAUGUACGGUAGUUUAUUUUUCUUUUAACUGUUUGGUUGACUGAAGUUGAAAAUGACUGCUGUUUUAAUGACUCCAGGUGUUUUUUGGCUUAAAAGUACACCCUCUACCAUAAGAUGUACAACCUACUAUAUACCAGAAAACGUGCGGAUCAAUCCAAUAAGUUUAUGGAAAGAUGAGCAUUUUUUUGUAAUGUUCUGGGAUUAUAAGCUUAAUGGACUACCCUGUGCUGUCUUUAAUUUGCUGUAAUGUUAAUAGUUACUUUUUAUGUCACUAGUUGGAAUUUUGGUUGUCAGUGCUUUAAUGAUCUAAUAAAGAAUAUAUCUUUAAAAGGUGGCAUUCUUCCAAAUGCAGAGGAAAUGCUGUGUAGUUCCUCCAGAAUCAGCAAAUAAAAAUGGUGCAUCAGGAUUCCAAGACUGCAGUUCUCGGGUGCACUUGUACAUAAAUUUGUACAUAAAACUGCUAGUACAUUUGCAAAGCUAAGCAUUGGAUGGGGGACCACAUGUUGAGAUUCCUGCAUUGCAGGGGGUUGGACUAGAUGACCCUUGGGAUCCCUUCCAAUUCUACAAUUUUAUGAUUCUAUGUGUGUGAGGUUGUAUUAGUGGUGUUGAAUUUGUAGGCUGGCUGUGGAUAAUAUGUGUAAAAGUCAAAAAUCAUCUUGGCAAUGAAUCCACAAAAUAACUUGUACAAAAUAGGCCUAGUGAUACACAGUAAGAAACAUUUUUUUGCUCUAGUGGAUUAUGAAAGUUAGACUUUGAAUCAUUUGUGUGUUUGUGCACACAUUAUUUAAUCAUUGUGAAAUCUAUAACAAACAGACUUUUUGUGAGAAUAUCUGGGAGCUUAAUCCAUUUCCUCCAUCACUCACCUUCAAUAAAUAUUUAUAAUUUUCAGCACUUGGCAGGCCUGUUGUUUAACUGUGAGGAAUGUGAAAGAUGGCUGUUAGGCAUUGCCAAAUGGCUCUAAUCACAACUCACUGGUGUAUGUGUGUGUAACAUCUCUUUUUUUUUUACAGCCUAGAUGAAAAAUCAGCUGUUAUGGGUGUUGUUAGGUUGGUUCUGCAUUAGCCCUCUUUAGCACAGCAAAGGCAUUUCCUUUCCUGCUAGAUCUGGAAUUAACUAGAAGAGGAAGUGCGGCAGAGUGGUUAGGGUGUUGGACUAGGAACUGGGCAGUCUGGGUUCAAAUCCUUACUCAGCUCAUUGGCUGAAUAUGGAUCAAUCAUUGCCUCUUAGCCUAAGCUACGUCACAGGGUUGUCGUGAGGAUAACAUGGGGAGAAGACUUGUGUGUGCCUUGCCACUUGGAGUUUCUUGAAGGCAAGGCGCGAUAUAAACGCAACAAUAAUCUUAACUAAGAAUGCUGUUCCUCAUAGACAAGUUCUUAUUAUAAUACCUAGUCAAAAGUAAGUUUCUUUCAAUAACGAUGCCUUAUAAUGCUAGUCAAAAGCCUCCUGUUCACAAGUUGUGCUGUUGUGGUUUGUUUGCUUUUUAGCUUCCUGAGUCUGCACAGCUAAGAGAUCAAUACUGAAUUCCCCCUUAAUUGCUCCUUAUUUAAUUUUGCUUUACUAUUUUUUCUCCAUCUCUCUCUCUCUCUCCCUCCCCCUUUCUCUCCAUUGGAAAGAAAGGGAUAACAGAAUGAAACCAGCAUUUUUAAAAACAACAACAAUAUAAUUUUAUUAAUCUAGAUUUCCUACAAAAGAGAACCAUAAAACAAAUAUAAAAACAGAUCAAAAACAUUAGAAACGAAAGCAGUUAUCAUAGCAACAGUAAAAAUACAAAAAGCGGUAGAUAUAAAAUCAGUUAAAAUCCUGGGCAAUCUUCUCCCCCCCCCUUUUUUUCUUUUUUGAAAAUGUCUAAAUUUGUGACUCUCCGGGCAGCCCAAUCAGGUGGUGGCAUAUAAAUAAUAAUAAUAGCCUACACUGUGGCAGGGAUAUUUAGAGAAUUACCUCUGGUGCUAGACUUAACAAACAGACAGGUUCCUUUUUUAAGAAAAAAAGCUAAUGUUUUCAAUGAAUACAUCCCCUCCACAGACACCUCUGUGAUGAUGGUGGUGAUGGCAUUAAAAUAUCCUGUCCUUCAAUAAAAGAGAAAAUGGGAGACCAGAUUGUAUCAAAGGUAUCAUUUUUGGAGAUGCCCUCGAUUAGUCGCCGAUGAUGUGUGAGGCGUUCUGAUAAAUACUCCAUAUAUUAUUAACCCAAGCCUCUAUUGGUAUAUUAGAGGUUUCCUUCCAUUGUGGGCAAUAACUAGUCUAGCUGCUGUGAACAGGAAGGAAAUUAAUUAUUUAGAGUUAAGGGUUGAGUUUUGGGCCAAAUCUUGUAAUAAUAAAGCAAGUGCCGAAUUAGGAAGGCUAUAUUGUAAAACAAGCAAUUUGACAACUCCCUUGCAAGAGACAAGAGCUCAAUGAAUAAGGAGCAAUUAAGGGGCAAUUCACAUAUUUUUAGUACCAUUUUGAGGCUUGCCUCUGUUAUGUGUUUUGCCCUCUCAUUAUUUUCAGUGAAAUAACUCCUUGUACCAAGUUGAGUCUGUACCCUGAGAUUACUUCCCGCAUGUGCCAGUCUCCCCCAGUCCCAUGACAUCUAACUUUGCUGCCUUCCCUAACCCUUAAACUCUGGUUCCCCAUCAGCCAUGUUGACUUUGCUUUGCAUCUCACCAGCGUGACACGUCUCACUGGCAAUGCAACAUUUUGCGAGGGCAUAGAGAUACCCUGUCAUAAUUCCUGCAACUCACUGCCUGGAGGUUCUUUUACCAAGCUGUUCUCCAAGAACUGUCAAUUCCAUUUUUGUUUUUGGGAGAGGCAAUGCUAAUCUCAGCAAGGCGUUUGAGCCACAGCCUUUCAAGUGUAAUUUGAAACAGCCUCUCCCAUCAAUCCUGGCUGAUGGUUUUGUGCCCAGAUUCUAAUCAACAAGAAGAUAGGCCUUUCUCCGCGUUGUGUUCUGUUUCUCAUAUUCAAUAAGAAGAGGAGCCUGGCUGCUCCAUCAGCCCAGUGGCCCAUCCGGUCCAGCAUCCUGUUCACGCAAAACCAACCUGAUCCCUCCUCUGGGAAGUUCACAAGAAAGCCACA